GCCACGAAGCCUUCAGCGGGAUGUGAACGAAGCGCAUUCCUCCCCGACUUGCCUCCUGCAGACGCUCGCAUGAAUGACAGGACUGGCAGGGAAACAACUGUGGAUAUCACCGCUAUGUUAAGGAAGGAUACAGGAAUCUCCUACAUAUAGGCUGAGUCCAUAGUAAGCUGGGAAUAUGAUGAAGUAACUGACAUAUCAGAGGACAGCCAGUCUCAGGCCAACCCACAGUCUUACCACUUGCAAUAUAAAGUGGCAGACACAAAAACUUUAUUGUCAAACAGAUCAGUUGAAAGCGAAGUAACCUCACUAUCAGGGAGUCUGAAAGAUUUUUCCCUUAAGGAGUCUGAGCCACCAAGCAGCAAGAUGGAUCCUGCUGAGAUUGCUGCCAUGAAUGAAAAUGAUUUUGAGUCAGAAUUAGAAGAAAAGGGUGGUGAGGCCACUCAAUCUGCCUCUCAUGAUGGCCAAUUGGAUCCACCGUCAACUAGUGAUGGAGGUGGUACCUCUGGUGGUGGUGGUGAACAGGAGAGCCAGGAGAAUGGGGAGGAAGGCCAAGUAGAGGAUCUGGAAGAGAAUGACACUGACUAUCUGCCAGGUCCUUCUCAUGCCCCCCCUCCCCCUCACCUUGCUCCUACCUCACCCCACCACCAAGGCCACCCCAUGUUUCAAAUAGGUGACGAAACGGAUGAGGACGGCAAUGCAGAUCCACCUGCCAUCAGUGAAACUGGUGGACCUGGCCCUGGGCAGCCAUUACCUCUGGCUAGGAUGGCCAACAGCCCAGGCAGAGAUGAUGAUGAUGAUGAGGAAGAUGAUGAAGAUGAUGAUGAUGAUGUUCAUGCUCCAGCACCAGAAGGAGCGUAUGACCCAGCAGACUUUGAGCACUUGAAUGUAAGUCCAGAAAUUGAAGACCUAUUUUCAUACAUCACACGCUACACGCCCCAGGCCAUUGAAUUGGAGCAUCGGCUACGGCCUUAUAUCCCUGAUUACAUUCCAGCUGUUGGGGAUAUUGAUGCCUUUAUCAAGAUUCCACCACCAGACGGAAAGCCGACACUGGUUGGUCUGGAAGUGUUGGAUGAACCUAGUGCACGACAGAGUGAUGCCACCGUUUUAGACUUGCAGCUGCGUGCUCUUGCUAAACAUACAACUGCAAAGUCUGUGACUGUGAAAACUGUUGAAAAUGCUGAAAAGAAUACUAAAGUUAUUGAAAAGUGGGUUCGUGAUAUCAGUGAGCUUCACAGAGCCAAGCCUCCGCCAACUGUCCAUUACAGCAAACGGAUGCCAGACAUUGACAGCUUGAUGCAAGAAUGGCCGGGAGAAGUAGAAGACUUGCUUAAGGAAAUAAAUCUACCAACAGCAGCUCUUGACUUGGACUUGCCCUCUUAUGUGGACAUCAUAUGUGCUACUAUGGAUAUCCCUGUAUACAAGAGCCGGAUUCAGUCGCUGCAUGUUCUCUUCACAUUAUACUCUGUCUUCAAGAACUCAGCACACUUUAGACAGUUGGCAGAGGAAAAUUACAUUGAGAAUGAUGAUUCAGAAGCUGAUCGUUUAAUAAUCCAGUAAACCAAGUAUGUUUGCUUUCAUGUCAGUAGUGUCAUGUAAGAAAACAAUUUCUUUUGCCAAAUCUCAUGUGAAUAAUAACCUUUUGAAUAGUUCUUGCACAGGGCAAACUCUAAAACAAAGUUUUUGGAGAACCUAUGUAAUCAUGACUACUCAGAUGCACCAUAUUAAAUUAUACAUUGAAGGCCUUGUAUGCAAGUUAGGUGAUAACUAAACAAACUUUUAUUAGUUUUUGUGUUUCCUCCACCCACACAUAAACUUAAAGGUCUGUGCCAGCCUCUUCAAGCUAAUAUAAAAGCCCCAAACUAUCAGCUUAGAUUUGACAAGUUUCAGCCCUGUCCAUAUUAAAAUAUCCAAAGAUGUCUUUGGACCACAUAUUCACAAACAUGCUAUGGCCAGUGAGAGUGAAUAAGUUGUAUGCCUCAGGGGCACAACUAAGUCAUAUAAAUAUUGACCACUAUGUGUAUUGAAUACACCGUCCAUUAUCAUUUUCUAGCUUGGUCUCUGUAUCUUUCAGAGAAUGAUACCUGUGAGAUUAAUUUUAAUGGAUCACAUUGUACUGACUUUAAGAUAUAAACAAUCAAUAUAAAAAAGGAUUAUUAAUGUGUUAUUCUUCACCCUCUUUUUUAGUAUAAUAAUAAUUAGUGUCCAUGCCCCAGAGAGAUGAUAAUCUAUUCAGUAUAUGUUCAUAUUUAAAAAAUGGGAAAAAAGUGUAAUUUUUGUAGUGAGAACGGGAGAGAUAUUUUCAGUAAUUAUUAGUCCUUCAGUAUAUAUUUGAUCUACUUUAUCUAAAUAUAGAAAAGUUUUGUCAUGCACCAUGUCUAUUAUAAAUUGAUCUACCCUUCUCUUGUUUUCAAAUAUUUCUGUUGAUAAAUGGGUUAGUUUUCAUAUAAACACAUUUAGAAAUAUUUUAAUAAUCUUUCUGCCUAUGAGGAGCGAAGUUUUUGUGUAUGCAUAUGUGUGUGCUUUUGAGUGUGCAUGAGUCUGUGUGUGCAUAUGCAUGUGCUUUUUUGUGUGCAAAUACGUGUGCUUGUGUGUGUGCAUGUGAGUGAGUGAGUGAGUGAGUGAGUGAGUGAGUGAGUGAGUGAGUGAGUGAGUGAGUGAGUGAGUGAGUGAGUGAGUGAGUGAGUGAGUGAGUGAGUGAGUGAGUGAGUGAGUGAGUGAGUGAGUGUGUGUGUGUGUGUGUGUGUGUGUGUGUGUGUGUGUGUGUGUGUGUGUGUGUGUGUGUGUGUGUCUGCAUUUGUGUGU